UGGAGCUGAAGCGCUAGCGGAGCUGGACCUUGACUUCCCUGGGGGGUUGCCUGUGUCCUGAGCCCUGACGGACUGAGAGGCUGCCCUGCGGCUCCUACAGCUCUGCUACUCUGCUGGACUGAGUUGCGUUCCCACAGGGAGGGGGAUCAGAACGGACUAUUCCGCCCGAUCAGAGAAGAGGUCCGUGUUAGUUUGGCUGUGGGUGUUACUGAUGCACGGCUGAGUUUGAGUGCCUGGAGGGGUGUGUGUGUGUGUGUGUGUGUAAAGAUCUGUGUCGGAGCAGUCAUCCCCAGCCAGUGUUAAUGCUAAUGCUAGCCCACACAGGGUGGAUGAGGCAUGGCUGGUUUGUUUUAUUGCUCCGGGAAGCACUAAUGGGAUUGUCUUAGUGAGGGAAAACUCAACCUGGCUAAGCUGAGAGAGAUGUGGCCUGAUACGGAUGUACAACACCUCUGACUGACUGGAAACCUUUUAUUGUGUCACUGGGAGAGGUGUUCUUAGUGGUGAUUCUGUAAGAAGAAAUCAUCUGUAACUGGACGCCAUAUUCCAAUAGAUUGUUGCCCAACAAUGUGAAGUGAAACCCAUGGAAAUGAUAUUCAGCAGCUUUGAAAACAGAUGUUAUGUAAAUGAAAGGGUUCUGUAGACCCAUCUGUGCUGAACGUUUAACGUUCUUGCCAACAUGUCCAGCGAGCAGAGAUGUGUGACGUCUAAGAGUGGACCCUUGUCACACGGCCGCCUGCGGCUGGCCCUCUCUUCAGGCCCAGGGGACCGGAAUGGCAACCCGGAGGCCUACAUUGGGGUCUCCUCUCCGGACUCUCUGAGGAGCUUCAGCAGCCUGAGUGACGGAGGCUCCUCUAGCCCUCAUGACGUGGACAUGGAGUGUUGCCAUGUUGAGGGCUCCCCGCCCCUGGUCAAGAGUCCCCCGGAGCGCCUGGGAAAUGAACUUGUUCAAACGCCCGGCUCCGGCUGUGUGAACGCCGCCCUGGCCCGCUGGAACAGUAAUAUCACUCUGGUGUACCCCGGUGACAGCCGCGGUGCUGUCUCCCCUGAGGGGGAGGAGAGCUCAGUGUCACCCUGUCCCUCUGGGGAGAACAACUGCUCCAUCAGCUCUGGGGAGAUGGUGACGAGGAGGAACAGCUUUUGCUUGCAGGAGGGUGACACACUCACCGUGUCUCUGUCUCUGUUGGAGUUGUCCACAGGUUCCUCUGCCCAUGUGUCCUCUGCUCUGCCCGCUGACCCAGGCCCGGUACUGCUGUCAGUGUCCAGCGCAGACCUAUGUGAUGUCUUCCUGGAGGACAAACCCGCUGGCACCGACGCCGGACGGGAAAACUCAAGCCCUCAGCCCUGGGGAAUGACCUUUAUCCACUCAGAUGAUCACGAUAUCCCUUCUGAGUGUGACGAACUGGUGCUGCCUCGGCCUCCUCUGGAUGUAGAACUUUCCUCUGAGUUAAGGGAUAUGCACCAAGGUGUCUUCCUGUGUGAGCCGGCCCUGUCUGCUGCAUAUGGAGGCGCUUCCCUGGCCCCCAGUGGGGAGAAACGCUCCGAUGCUGGGCUGCGGCCGAGUUUCGGUGGAGGAUCCACCAAUGAUAGGACCUUCGUUCUGCGGUCUUCAGACGAACUGGACUCUAAAAGCCCCACACAUACCUCCACCCCAGUGGGGGGUGUUGGAAACAUGCCCUUAGACUACCUCUCCCUCGCGGAGUCCCCCUGCGACGAACCACAAAGUCACCCUGAGAGCCCAGCAGUCCAGGCGCCUGCAGUCAAGCGAGGAUCAGCCACAAAGCUCUCAACGUCAAAACCACGCUCGGUCGCCAGACUGAACCCGGGAUCCGCUAACAGAAUCAGCAGAGCAGAAAUUAAAAGAUUCAGCAAGCCCGAUUUCAGCAGUGUGAGACCCAAGAUCAUGUCAAGACCAGCUCAUUCCCUGACAAUGGGAAGCCAUGCACUUACAAAGAAUAUGCCACGGAAACAAGAAAUCCCCCAUUGUAAUAGAACAUCUAAAGCUGACAGGAACACUCCGAUUAGAAACACGCCUAGUAAACUAGUCACAAUGGCAAAUGACCCCUCAAGGGGUGUUGUGAAGGACAAUGCUGGGCCUGACUGGCUCAGUGCAACAUUUAUCCAGCCUGGUGAUCACGAAAUGUCUCCCGCUGGGUCUCCUGUUGCUCCUCUCUGUCUGAUUGAGGAGGCAGAGUGUCGAACGUCGCUUAGUGACUUCCCCUCUGCUGCGGCUGGAUGUGCACCCAGCAGUGAGGCCAGUUCAGAGGCUGAGCACAGGGCUUCUAACCUGGGAGGGCGACUUCCUUUUGAGUGGCCUGGAAACCAGACCUUUUCCCCUUCUCCCUCAGAGUCACCUUCUGCAGAAAGGCAGGCUGAAGCUACACCAGCCCCAGGCAGUACUGCUAAGGUUGACGACGGUGAAGUUCUCCUCAAGCACUGGAAAAGACCUGGCUCCGCCUCCCCGGCCUCCUCGACAUCCAAUCAGGACAAGGUGCUGGUGUUACAGCGUCGCUCCCGUUGUUGGUCGGAUAGUUCCUCCACUACAUCUACGUCAACACUACACAGGGAGACCAGAGCCUCCAAAAGCAGCUCAGCUAGCUUCAGCAGCCCCAAGCGUUUCAUCCAUCUGGGCCCGGGCCUGGACAGACCAGCCUCCCAGAACUGCUCUGCUGCCCACAUAAAACAGCCUGGGAGCAGGAAGGAAACAGCGGAAAGGAACCGCAAGGAGAUUAAGAAAUUCAGCCUGGUGACAGCGUCCUCAAAGCUGGCGGUUGGGGUCACGUUAGAAGCGGGAACUGUGUAUGACGGGACUAAGAGCGGAUUUGGAGCACAGCCCUCCCUGAACAGAGCCAGAGCGGCCACAGCUCCAGCCACCCACCCCAGACCUCCCCCUCCAGCAGCCACAGCUCCAGCCACCCACCCCAGACCUCCCCCUCCAGCAGCCACAGCACCAGCCAGCCAGGCUCCAGCCACCCACCCCAGACCUCCCCCUCCAGCGCCCAGGCCCAGGCAGGGGAGAGAUGUCUGGAGCAAUGCCUCUGGAGGUAUGGGUUCGCCAAAAGCCAAACGGAGCACCAAAUCAGGUUCUCAGAAUUCCAGGACAUCAGAGGGACCUUCUGUUGGGAGCUCUUUAGCCAACGGCAUUACUAAGCCCCCAGUGGCUGUGUCCAGACCCCGCCAGACCUCUGGACAGCCACUGGCUGUGGGCUCCAGCCAACCCACUGCCCCUCCUGCUGCGUCCUCCUCCAGACUGCCUUACAAACCCCAGAAUGUCUCCAGAAGCAUCCCUUUCAAAGCCAGUGAACACGAUAUUGUGGCCACGGGAAACACACAAGUUUCUUCAGGCGCUGCCUCAUCCAAGACCACAGUGUUUAAAGCCCGACUUCUCACACACCCGGGGAGGAGCACUGUGCCAGCUUUGGCAACCGGAUGCAAGACUGCAGGGUCAUCUAAUCAGGUGCCCUCAAGGCCCGGAGCCACUCCACUGAAGAGAAGCGCUUCGUCAAGACUAAUUCGCCCUGCCGCCGUUCCACUGGUGGAUAAGACCCGUCACAGGGCGACGCCGCGUAGCCAGCCUCCUCCGCAGCCUCCUCCGCAGCCACCGGUGCUUCCGCCGGCCCGGAGCGAUGGCCGCCCAAAUCUGGUGCCGGCCGGGGGUGCGGAAAUCCACCGGCCGCGGUCUGAGUGGGAGGACCGGAGCCUUCAGCAGCUCCAGGGACUCCUGGUCGCCAGUAACUGCAGAUUUGAGGCUAUGGUGGUGGUCCUGCAGCAAGCCCUGAAACAGCGAGACGAAGCCAUGAAGCAGCGGAGGGACCUGUCCCAGGAGCUGAUCACCCUACAGGGCCAGCUGGUGAGCUCGACCCAGUCGUGUGAGCGUUUGGAGCAGGAGAAGGAAGAGGUGCGUGGGGCGUUGGAGGGCGUGCUCCAGAGGAUGCAGGAGCAGCACCACACGGAGAUGGCCCAGCUAGAGGAGAGGCUCAGGGACUUCUACCAGGCCCAGUGGGACCAGAUCCAUCUCACCUAUCAGGAUCAGGCUGACCAGUACAAGGCCCUCAUGGAGGAGCAGAUGGCGGAGUUGACAUCAAACCAUGAGGCCUUGAAGCUGGAGUUGGAGGCCAACCACUGUCAACAGAUCGAGUGUGUAAAACAGCAGUAUGAAGGCUCACUAGAAGAGCUCAGGAAAGCUCAUGAACAGGAACUGCAGACAUUGGACAAAACACUGAAGGAAACAGAAGCCACAUUAUCCGGACAUAUUCAGGAGCUCACAGAGGAAAACACAGCCCUGAACCAGAAGCUGAAAGCUGAGGAGGAGCGGAGGAGGGAGCUGGCUGAGAGAGACGUGAAGGACUCCCACACCCUGUAUCUGGAGCAGGAGCUGGAGAGCCUUAAGGUGGUGAUGGACAUCAAAAACAAACAGCUGCACCAACAGGAACACAAGCUCAUGCAGAUGGACAAACUGGUGGAGAAAAGCGUUAAACUGGACGAGUGCCUUAAAAAGGUCCAACAGGAGAAUGAGGACCUGAAAGCGCGCAUGGAUAGACAUGCUGCUCUGUCCAGACAACUGUCCACAGAGCAGGCCAUGCUGCAGGAGUCUCUCCACAAGGAAUCCAAGGUGAACAAGCGCCUGUCCAUGGAGAACGAGGAGCUCAUAUGGAAGCUCCACAACGGGGAUCUCAGCAGCCCCCGCAAGAUGUCCCCCACCUCCCCCACCCACCACCCCCUCGGCCUCCAAUCACCCCGCAGCUCUGCGGUCAUCACCAGCCCCGUCCAAUCACCCCGCAGCUCUGCUGUCUUCACCAGCCCUCCCGUCUCACCCAGAUAACAGAGGCCCACCGCUUCCAGGAAGCAGCCUCUCUCCUUUCGAACUGGGCCGAGUCAUCCUGCCGUACUAAAGAGCUAUGUUAGCUGACAGGGAUUGCAGCAUGGCACCCGCAGAUGAUUGCAGUAUUCCUGAACAAAUCUAUUUCCUUUAAAGACUUUCAGUGACUAUGAGAGAAGACUUUGUUGCACAGAAGCACUUACUGAGCGAGGCCAGUCCUUGUUCUCUGUUGGCCUUUCUUGUCUUAUUGUAGGAAGAAAAAUAGAUAUCUCAGGAUUUGUAUAUAAUAAGACAAUAUUUUUGUUACUAUUCUUCUCAGUGGUUGACAACCUCUUGUCUUUCACACUCAAAGUGCUGUGGGAAGAGUGUUCUUGUUCUGUGUGUUGACUGACAGUUAACAUGUUGCUAUGAGAAUCAGCAUGGCUAUAAUUCCAAAAAUAACAUUGAAUAUCCUCCAAUUGUUUGUGAAUCCUACAUUAAUCAUUGAGUAUAGUAAUUAAGGGAAAUGACAAAUAUAAACAUGAAUCCAUCUACUCAAUACUAUCGUAUUCAUUUACAAAUGUAUGUGGGACAGAUAAUUGGAGCUUACAUAGUAGAUAGGACUGAUGAAUCCGCAUGUUACAUUAAUUCAUCUUCAUGUCAGAUAAGGAAUCGUGUUUUGGGUUUUAAAAGGUUUAUUAUUGGGCAGUAAUUUCAAUGGUAAUUAAUGGACAAUCUCCUGUAAUUAUCUACUUAAUUGCUCAGUACUAUAGUUUGGUGGUCUGACUUGAAGCUGUUUUUAAUAUUGGUUUUGUUAGUUUGUUUGACCAUGGGACCAAGACUGCGUGGUUGAUGGCCUGAUGUCUCAUACUCCCCUUCACCAAAUCCUCCUACUGCAGGUUAAAGUAGAGAAGUCUUUAAGACGGCACUACAACUCAAAAGCAGAGAGAAGCUAAGUGUGCUGAUCUUGGAUGUCAAAAUUUGUAAACGUGGAUAUUUUUUUGUGUGUUCUGUUUAAAAUAUGCAAUUAAUAAAGUCAUGAAAUCUGAAGCUGA